UAAGGUUCCCACCCUGAGCGGUGAUGCGGAGUGCGGAGUCGGAGCGUCGGAACGGCUAGCUAUAUAUGUUGCGCUCUCCGCGAGGAGAUAUCUCUUCCUCGACCUCGACGAUGCCAUGUUACUAUUGCUAUGUUAUUACAGGAAAGAUUUCGGAGAGCGUGAGCGUGGUGGUUCACUGUCCGCUACAAUAAAAAUAAACGCUAUCGCAGGUACUAUGGCAAAAGCGGAGCGAUUACGCUUCACGAUUCUGGAGGACUUGAUACUUUUACGGGAGGUUUUACGACAGAACCCGUACGAAGAAAGCGACAGGUGGAAGGCCGUUGCCGAGCAUGUCGUAAACGCGACGCGGAAGAACUUCAGUCUGCGUUGCAUCAAGGAGCACGUCGAUCAUCUGUUAAAAAUUUGGGCGAGAGAAGGCCACGCACACUUGAGAAAAUCAGGAACCGAGGAACAAUAUAAUGAAAAGGAGCAACUUUUGCAGCAAGUACAAGACUUACAAAGAGAAUUCAGAUGCUCUAGUAAAAGCUUCAAUGCACAGAAAUCAAAAAUGCAAACAAGAGAGGUAAUCUUGGAGAACAUUUCUGAUACUUUAGAGGUAAUAAUAGAGGAACCGCUAAUGGAAACAUCCUUAUCAACAUUGUUGCCAAUUGCAUUACCAUCACCAACUUCAUCGUCUUCGUCUUCGUCGUCGUCGUCGUCGUCAUCGAUUCUGCAAUUCUCGGCGAGCCCAUUGUGGUCGCCAUCCACAUCACCAUCGAGAACGGGUGGUCCAAUAAGGAAUAAAGUGCGUCACGAUGUGAAGAAGUCAACGUUACAAUUUCUACAAGAAAGAUACAAAACAGAGGUAGAAUUUCAAGAAAAACAAUUUCGCUUGGAGGAGAGGAGAAUUCAACUUGAAGAAGAAAAGUUUAGAAUGGAAAAAAAAGAACGCGAGGCGAGACUUGAAUUAGAAAUUGAAGAGAGGAAACAAAGGAUCUCUGUAUCCAAACAGAAACAAGAGAUUCUAGAAAUAUUAUUACAAUUAAUACAUAAACCUUGAUUAUUUUUAUAAGAUACGUUUUUCUCGUUUUAUUGGUUUAUAAAUAAAAUUAUUGUUAAAAAAUACGAAGAAAGAAAUGCAUAUUCUCUGAUUUAAUGGUGAUAUUUUGACCUUGAGUCACUUUGUGAAAGUCGAAUGAAGAUUAUCUUGAAUGUUUUAAAUAGGUACUCCCGUCUUUUAUUGUAUAUGUAUAUUGUUGUAGUUGAUGUGGAGACAUUUUUAAAAUGAUACA